AUGAAGUACAUUGUACAAGAAAGUGACAUGUCUCAUAGCUUGUUUUUUCAAAUUGAAAAAUCUAUGUUACGCACUUUGGACAAGGCGUACCUAGCUAUUAUUGAAAUCCACCUUUCUGCAGAAGAAAAGACGCGACUAAAGAUCUCCAUUGAAACGAAGGCAUCGCUGGAAGUGAAAACUGAGUAUGAAGAGCUCCGAAACGCAUCGCUGGAAGUGAAAACUGAGUAUGAAGAGCUCCGAAACGCUCGAAUCUUGGAAAACAAGGCUAGAAUGGCCAGUCUUGGAAUUCAAAAAACCAUCGCAGAGCUUCGAGCUAGAGCACAGUCAGAAAAGAAAUUGUGUGGUGAAGAAGAUUGUAAAUGUUGUGGUGAUUUGGACAUGGAUCAGCCUUGCUUAGGCCAGACAGAUUGUUCAAUUUGUCAUUCUAGCAGUGGUGUUUUUUGCCGAAGUUGUCUUAAUAGCCGCUAUGGUGAAGAACAGGAGGAGGUGAGAGCAAAUAAAGAAUGGAUAUGUCCUCACUGCACUGAAGAAAAAGGCAUCAAUCCAUAUUGGAUAUGUAACAGCCGAAAUUGCCUAAAGAAGCGAAAGAUGGCUCCAACUGAGAGGGACACUAUAUACACUAUAUACAGAGCUAGAAAGAUGGGAUAUAAAUCAGUGGCACAUCUGUUAAUGGAUCAGCUAAAGGGAGCAGUGGAAGGGAGAUGAUAAGAGCUUUUUAGUGAAUUUUGUAAACAUCUUAUUGGGUCUAAUUAGAAGAGCUACAUAGGCAGCUAAAUUAACUUCAGAACGUAAAGAUGAAUAUUAUGAAGACCAACCACCGAUUGUAAUGGCUUGGAUCCUCAUUAUCUAAAGAUGUAACUGGUGCGUGCGAUGUAAAAUGUUUUCGUUUUUUUACCUGGUGUUUUGUACCCACUAUGGGAUCCGACUAACUAGAAGUGCAAAGCAAUGCCAAAGGACAAGACCCUUGUUCCA